CGCGUCCACUGUGUCUGGACUAUAGACAGUACUUUAAUUAGCAUAGCAACGCCUGAGGUCUGUAACCACGACACAGGUAUUUUGCCCAACGGAAUAGCUACAUUCGGUAAGAUAAACAUCAAACACUGCAGCGUUUUGUUUCCGAACCAAUUGAAUCGUGUAUUAUUAGCUAGCUAUAGCAUCCUUCAACCUCAUUCUCUCGGCUAGCUAACAGUCAGUAGUAGCUAGAUAGCUAACCAGCCAGCUCUUUCCAGCAGCUCUUCUAGCUAGCUAAAGUACUGUAAUUCUCUGUUUUUAUCAAUUGGCAAGAAUGCCAAGAUGGUACAAGUUAACAGUAUAAGUUAUAUAGUGAGCUGGCUAGUUGUGCAUUCACAAGUAGCUUGCUAUACGCCCAAAUUGACAGUAACUUACUGACAGGUAUUUGAUCUAACUACUGUAGCUAGCUAACGUUAGCUCGUAGUAGCUAGCUAACAUGGUGGUGCCAGUGAAUCAGCUAGUAAGCUAAAAGAUGCGAUUCAUGUUCGCUAGCUAGCUAACGUUAGCGACCUUGGGAGACAGGAGUAAAUUGCUGCACAGUCCAGUUUGUUAGACGCCAAAUUGCUUGUGCAAUGCAUUCACCAGGGCCCGGUUUCCCAAAAGCAUCUUAAGGCUAAGUUCGUCGUUGGGAAACUGGGCCCAGUUCUCUGGAAACAUGGUGCUGAUAUUAACUUAGUUCAAGAUUCAAGAUUUUGUCAUAUCAGAAGUUAUUCCUAUGAAACCUGCUCAUACACUUUCUCUGUCUUAUCACCUUGCUAGAUAUGGCUGAGCCGGAGCUUCUGCUGGAUUCCAAUAUCAGACUUUGGGUGGUUUUGCCCAUUGUCUUCAUCACUUUCCUUGUUGGGGUGAUUCGACAUUAUGUCUCCAUUCUGCUUCAGAGUGACAAGAAACUGACGUUAGAGCAGGUAUCAGACAGGUAAGGGUAUUGGAAGCAUGUAGGCCUAGAUGGACGGUGCAUUGACAGUUUAUAAAAGGGCUUGAGAGCAUGUAGGGUUAAAGUAGAAAUGUCUUACCCUGAGUUUGUUUUGACAUAUUCCUCUCCAAUAUUCAGCCAGGUUCUCAUCAGGAGCAGAAUCCUCAGAGAGAAUGGGAAGUACAUUCCAAAACAGGUGAGAUCAAUGUUGGAUUGACCAUAAAACGCCACACAUCUUCGCUUCUUUGCACUGUUUGACUCUGCUACGUAAAAAAAAAAAAAGUGUAUACUGGUUGCGCUCAGACUUUGAGACCUCUCUUUUUCUUCAGUCAUUCUUGAUGAGGAAGUUUUACUUCAAUAAUCAAGAAGAUGGAUUCUUCAAAAAUACCAAAAGAAAGGUUGUUCCUCCCUCCCCAAUGACAGGUGAGCGUAAGAUAAUCAUAUCAUACCUUCUCAUAUAAUCCUAUUCUCAUACCAUGAUAGGCAGGUAUUGGGCCGUGUAUCUCUAUAUUAAACCCUGACACAUGAUAUGGAGUAUAUUACUUCUGAUAGUGCACCAAUUACAACUCAGUUUGUUUGGGAUUGCACUCUGUAAAGCUACAUUAACUGUUUCUUUGUCCAGACCCCAGCAUGCUGACAGACAUGAUGAAAGGCAACGUGACCAAUGUGCUUCCCAUGAUCCUCAUCGGAGGCUGGAUUAACUGGACCUUCUCAGGGUUUGUCACAAGUAAGUAACAUCCUCCUCGCUCACUGCACUGAGACUGGGUUGUUUGGAUGAUGAUUGUCACUAAAGAGCUUCGAUAUCAACUUUAUUUUAUGGUACAGGAAUGACCAGGUAUUUACUAAGAAAUGGCAUGGUAAAAUUGUUAUUACAUAGAAAUAACCGAUAAAUAGCAGUAGUAUAUAAUUAAGUGCUUCCAGUUAGUUUCUUUGCUAUAAGCAGUUUGUUCAACAUUUGCACAGACUGUGGUUUUAUAUAAAUGACCAAACUUACAAUGUUCUCAAUAACUAUUUUCUUGUUCCUCACAGCCAAGGUUCCUUUUCCUCUCACCCUGCGCUUCAAGCCCAUGUUGCAACAAGGAAUCGAGCUACUCUCACUUGAUGCUUCCUGGUUAGUUGAUGAAAUACAUACUUAUUACAUUAUCUGGGUUCCGUGACGUUAAUAUGGUAAUACUGCCUCUGAGUCCUUUUGCUAGUGUAAGCAUUGAUGAUUUAUAACCUCACCCUCAUUUCUGUUUUAAGGGUGAGCUCAGCGUCGUGGUAUUUCCUGAACGUGUUUGGGCUGCGAAGCAUGUACUCCUUAAUUUUAGGACAAGAUAAUGGUAAUUUUCAUCCAACUUCAUAAUUCAGUUUAGUUUUUCCUGCAAAGGUUAUUGAUGCAUGUGUUUCUGUAAACUAGAUGUGACAUUAUUGAAUCAUAGUUUGUAACCAACUUACAGCAGUACUUGUUAUCAAAAGCAAUAAACAGAAGGUCAUUGACCUGAUUUGAGGAAACAACAAAAUUAUUUGGAGAAAUUAGACUUCUAGUAGGCAAGCGGUCUUGCCUUGAUUUGAUAAUAGGCCAGUCUGCAACCAGUCAGUGUCAUGUCAGCAGCAAGGCUGGUUAUAAUUGGAACAUGACUCCAUAAUCUAAUCAAAUCAAAUUGUAUUUGUCACAUAAACGUGUUUAGUAGAUGUUAUAGCGGGUGUAGCAAAAUGCUUGUUGAAGUGGCAGGCCUCCAAUACUUCACAGUCCUGGUUUUGUCACGCCAAAGCGAUAUGAAGUAUCAAUAGUGUUGAUGCUGGUUUAAUGUGACCCAUGCAGGUGCAGACCAGUCCAGGAUCAUGCAGGAGCAGAUGAGUGGUGCUGCCAUGGCCAUGCCUGCAGACACCAACAAAGCGUUCAAGGUAGAGUUGUCUACUCUUGAUAACAUCGACUUACUCUCUAUGGUGAAUUCAAUUCCUACAGGUCCCAGCAGAAUCAUCUGACAGACAGUUGUUUAUUUCCCCAUUUUAGGCAGAAUGGGAGGCACUUGAGCUAACUGACCACCAGUGGGCGCUGGAGAAUGUUGAGGAGGAGCUCAUGAGCAGGGAACUGGAUCUGGAUGGAAUGUUCAGUAAGGAGUUACCAACGGGUAUCUUCUGAUUGCCAGUUCAUUACUGCAGGGAACCUGCCGCUGGACAACAUUUUAGUUUUACUUAAAGUGGCUGACUUGGAGUUUCUCUAGGAAAUGACAUAGAGAACGAUAUCUACAUUCAUUUCAGUGCCAUCAUUGUCCAUUUACAUUUAAUUGUAGAUUAAUUAACAGAACAUUAUAGUACGGAGUUCAGUUAAUAAUUUAAACUAUUUGAAAGAUUCAGCCUCAGCUAUGUAAAACUCAUUACAAAAAAAAAACGUUAAUGUUAAAAACAUUUUUUUUUAAAGGUGAAUGAAAAUGUGUUGUGUCACCACUUUGAAUCAUGUUUGACUUUGUAGUCUGAUUCCACCUACCUGCCAUUUGUUUGGUCAUACUUGUUGGUUAUUUGUGAGCUUAUUGAAGAAAAGAAAAAAGUGUAAUAUUAUUAGUAACUCAACCCAUUUGUAAUAGGUGGCUCUUAGCAACAUAAGACAACUAGCUGUUGAAGUAAAAAAACAAAAACAAAACAUGGUUAUUGCUGAUGAUUAAAUUCCAGUUAAUCUUUUAUCAUUCCUCUUUCAGUUUGUGUGCAGCAUCAGCAGCUUCUUGUCAUGGCUGACAUGAGGCAAAUCUAGACAUUGAGUGCUGGAAAACAACUGUGUGUGAUAGUGUUAUGCAAUGUGUUAUUUUUAAUAUUUAUUUCUCCAAUUUAUUUUUUAACAUUUCCCUUGUGUUUUUGUAUAAAGACUGUUUUGACUAAA